GUAAUGGCGGCAGCGGCCGGGAUGGGCCUCUUAUUGUGUCAUUGGGGGAAAUCGUGUUUUCAGUUUUAAAUGAGCAUUUUUAGAUGAGACUGAUCCGUUUUUAAAGAGCACCGAAGAAACCAAAAGAGGUUGAAUUUCGAACCUGUUGCAACUUUUAUAAGAAGACACAAUGGAAGAAGAUGAAGAUUACGACCUUCUCGGAGUCGACCGCUCUGAAACAAAGGUGGGCCCGCUCGGCGCACGAGAGAAGGGUUCCGAGGAAAGGCUCGAGAAGAAGGAGGACAGGAGGACAGGGCUGAGGUGUUGUCAGCGUGACACUGAAACCUUUGGUGUCCACCCCGGGGACCUGGGUGUGCCCAUUCCUGUGGCAUCAGACCUGCUUUCAGCUCCGCUCCCUGUCCACCCUUUUCCUCAUCACGCAGAAGACAGUGUUGUUCUAGAUGUGGAGCUCACGGCGGAGGUUCGAGUGGAGGAUGGGUCGAUGCUGGCUCUGUUCCCCUCUGUCAUUCCUGGUCUUCUUCGAACAGGGAAGCCAGGCUUCUUUUGUGAUCAGCUGCCCUCCAUGUUAAACUGGACUCGCUCCGCGUGGACAAAAAGUUCGAGGGGAUAUAUGCUGAAGAGCGUCUCGUGUCCUGUCUCUCACUCCUUCUGCUCCCGAGACGUUAUCAUGAGUCCUGUGCUGGAUGGGAGAACUACUGCUGACAUUGCUGCUCCUCCCAGUGCAAUGCAGACAGUCAAAAGCCCCCUGCCUUCAUCUCCAUCCACAUCUCCCUCUUCCCCUUCAUCUGCUCCCUCAUCUCCUUCAUCCUCACCUUCAUCUUCCAACUCUUCUCCUGGCGGAGCGGCUGUCAGUUACCAUGACAACAGGAGCUGUGCCGAGGGCGGUGCAGUUACCAGUGCGACGGGUGACGUAGUGUCAUCCACCUCCAUUUCCAUGCCACCUCCCUCUCACGCACUUCCUUCUUCUUCCAAUCCCUCCAUCCAUGUGUCAUCCGCCUUGCCCCGCCCCGCCCCGGGACGGUCCAGCAUUGAGAUAUACGACCCGUUCCACCCCACUGAAGGAGAGGGGGAGAGAGAAGGCAGGGCCACUGAUGAGGAAAAUGAAGUAGACGAGGAGGAUGGUGACAAAUAUGAUCCAUUUGACCCCACGGGGUCCCCGGUCUCAGAGAGAGGGAGGGAGCGGGGGAUGGGAGCCCAGAGUGAUAGAAUGUCUUCUGAAGUAGCUGGUUCCAAGUCUAGGAAGUCCAUAUUCCCAGCAGAGAUGCACGUGGAAGGAGCAGCACCACGGAAGAAGAGGGACAGGGGUCCCUCAGCCUCCUCCCCAUCAGCCAAACUGCAAGAGGAGAGAGAGCAGGCCCGGGGGGGUGAUGGGAAGGGGGCAAGAGAACGAGGAAGAGAGAGAAAGCACAAUGAAUCGGACAACUCAGAAAUCGAAGAGGGCGAGAUCGUAGCCGUGGGUGACCGCGAGAGGGACAGGAGGCGGGACAGCGCAGGGGAACGGGUGCUUGUCCCCGGUAGUCCCUUCCUACACUCGUGCCCCAAACCGGAGAGGAUCCUUCGUGUUCUGGACGGCGAGGACUUUGUGUCUGUAAGAGCAGAAGGCGACUGGGCAGUGGGAAGGGAGAGGGAUGGCGUUGGGGACUUGAGGAGAAAACUGGUGAACCGCCGAAAGGAAAGAUACAGGUCGUGUUGCUCAUCGUCCCUGUCCCCGCCGCCCCCCCUUCCUCCACCGCCAGCCGUCCCAGCUGCUGCAGAAAAGGAGCGAAGCAGGAAGUCAGGGAAAAGUUCCAAGGAGCGGGAGAAACGCAAGCGGAAGCAGGAGAGGGACGGCAAGAAGGAGGACAAGGGAACGGUAAAGGACAGGGGAAGCCGGGAGAGGAAAGAGAGGGUCUCGGAGCGGGAGGUCAGGAGGGGAGCCGAGGAGAAACGGAGGGAGGACGACAGAGGCAGGAGCAGCAGGAGCAACAGCAGCAAGAGGAGAAGGAAGAACAGCUCAAAGCGCUCCUCGCACUCCCGCUCACGGCUCUCCUCCCACCGGCAAAAGCAUCGGCAGCACUCUUCGUCCAGCCCCUCCGAGGACAGACGCAGGGACUGGAUCCGGGAUAGAGAGCGCAACCGGGACAGACGGGAGAAAAGGGAAAGGGGACGCGAGCGAGACUGCAGCAGGAAGGGUAAGCAGAAGAAGGAGAGGAGAGACAGACCUGAGAAGUCCAGCAGCAAAGAUGGAAGGGGGGGCAGCCGGAAAAAGGCGAAGGAGGGCCAGGAGCGAAGAGACGGGGACAGAGAGAGGGACAGGCGGCGGCAGGACGGCCGACCUGUCGUGCCUCCAUCUAUCCAGGACCUCAACGGCUCUGACUUGUUUGCUAUCAAGCGCACCAUCACCGUGACGACGACUGCUACAGCACCGGAGUCAUCGCUGCCGCCGCCCCCCCAGCCCCUACAGGAGAGCCCACGGCAUGCGUCCGACAAGCCUCGCAAGAAGAAGAAGAAGAGGAAAAGACGAGCAGAGGAGCAGCAGCAGAACGAGGACGAGGAGCCCCUGAGCAGGUCUCGCGACUCCUCCAUCACGCCACUGAGGUACGACGGCUUUGACUCAGACCAGUUCUCUGAGAAGCUGGGUGUGGAGGUGCUGUCUCUGGACGGGGAGGCUCUUGACUCCGACUAUCCCUCCCUGGAGGACACUCCCCCUCCUCUGCCGCCGCCAUCCCCGUGUCCGAGUCCCAAGCCCAAGUCAAAGUCCAGAACCGGAAGACAUGUCAAGAAGAAGUUGAGAACGAGUAAAAAGUCCAGCCUUUCUGAGCCAUCCGUCAGACCAAAGUCUCCGUCUUCUCCCUCAGUCACCCCCGUGUCUCCAGCAGCCCUCGUCCCCCACCUGCCCGCCAAGCGGCAACGCAAGGCAGGGAAAGAGCGAGACAAAGGGGCCAAGAAGGAAGGUGGGCGCUCUGGAAAGUCCAAGAAGCUGAGCCGUGGUGCUCGUAAAGCCAAGCUCCAGUCCAAGGUGUCGGUUCUGGUACGCGACGGGGUGAGCAGCACCACGGGAGGGAGCGGAUCCGGGAAGCGGGGCAUCAUUGUCGGGGCCAGUAAGGACCUCCCCGCUCAAAGUGGCACCGCCGGUGGAGCGGUUGUCGGGGGCUCCAUCGCGGUGGUCUUCCGUAGAGACAACGAGAGUAGAUCGCCUUUCCUCAAGCCCUGCGCCGAACCCGUGUCCAUGUCCGGCAGAAGCAAGGACUUCAGCUCCAAAUCUCGGAAAGGCGGAGUCCUUUCGGCCUUGGCCCCACCUUCCUCCUCAUCGUCCUCUUCUUCCUGCUCCUCCCACCUUUCAGCCGUUGAGCCCAAGAAGGCCAAACCCAGCUCGACUACCUCCGCCUCCUCGUCCUCCGCCUCGUCUCCUUCCUCUGCGUCCACGACCAAGCAGAAGCGCAAGCAGGCCAAGAGGGACUACAGAGAGGCAGUAGGCGGUGCCCACGAAGACGCCGGGGCGGACGACCGCUGUGGAAUAGGGGGGAGUCCCUGGGGCGUCGCCGCAUUGGACACACAGUCCAGCAGCAGCACGUCCAGCACCAAGCCUUCCAGCCCGCUUCCCCGGCCACUCGCUCCACCACCAUGUCCCUCUUCGUCGUCCUCGGCCGGUCAGGCCCCGCCCUCUUCACCGCCCCCGCACACUCCUCCGCUCCCCCUGCCAGCUUCUCGCGACACCAGGGAGUCCAGCCCGGACUCCCAAACGGUCGACAGCAGCUGCAAGACCCCCGAGGCUCCCUUUCCAUCUGAGGACAGCACCGCUCCUGUGCAAGUUGUACCGUCAGCAUUGCCUCCCAGCAUUUCCUCCAGCCCACCGGCACUACAGACCUCGCUGGGCGCCGCCGCCACCGCCACCGCGGGCUCCUUAUCGGCCCCGGAGCUCAAGCUCGUCCCUGAUGAGCCGAAGGCCCCGGCAUCUCCGCCCUGCUCCUCCUCCGCCACUUCAUCGGCCAGCUCCACGGUCGCCUCGCUCGCUCUUUCCCUCCCUACUUCAUCUGCAGACCAGUCCUCAUCCGCAUCCUCUUCCGUGUCCUCAUCCUCGACCAACAAGCCCCCGGCCCCGCCCCCGCCACCACCAACUGCCCCGCCCCUCCCGUGGAGUUUGCAGACGGGAGUGGACUGUACUGCUGGUGGAGUUCUUGCCCUGACGGCUCUGCUCUUCAAAAUGGAAGAGGCCAACUUGGCAAGUCGUGCCAAAGCCCAGGAGUUCAUCCAAGCUACGAGCCAGAUUCUCUCACAGGCAAACCAGAGCCAGUCGCAGCUCCUGCCGCCCGCUUCUGCCCCUUCUUCUUCGUCUUCAUCCUCAUCCCAGACUCUUCCUCUACCAUCUGUGGCCCCAGCUCCGGCCCCCACUCCUGGCCAGUUUAUCCUUCAUGGCUCCCUCCCGUUGGUCGGCUGCACCAAGACUCCACCUUCUCACAUGCAUCCUGGCCUGUCAGGGGGCGGAGGGUGCGCGCAGACUCCUCCUGUGCCCGUACACAGUGCGUCGUCUGGACCCACAGCUGUAUCCGGGGACCCUGCAUGGGAUGGUGAAGGAAAAGACCCCGACAAGUACCUAAAGAAGCUACACACCCAGGAGAGGGCUGUCGAGGAGGUGAAACUGGCCAUCAAGCCCUACUACCAGCGCAAGGACAUCACCAAGGAUGAGUACAAGGACAUCCUGAGGAAGGCCGUGCACAAGAUCUGCCACAGUCGCACGGGAGAGAUCAACCCGGUGAAGGUGAGCAACCUGGUCAAGCUCUACGUGCAGAGAUACAAGUACUUCCGGAAGCACGGGCGGAAGAUGGACGAGGAGGAGCGGGAGGGGGACAGAGAGCCGGCCGCGCUGCAUUCUUCCUCGUGAUGCCGUCCAGAAAUGCCCCGCCCGCUCUCCCGGCUUUCACGAGCUGUGCUUGUUCCCACCGCGUUGGGCUGGAAGACGUCGAACUGCGCGCUCCUCGUCCUACGCCUUUUCGUCCCCGAAGCCCCGGCCUUGUUCACGCCAACGAAACAUACGCACUUGCGCUGUUUGAUUUCCUUUCGCUUGUCUUGCUGUACAGAUGCAUCAACAGAAACACAAUUAAUGUAACUGUGAAUUACACCGGGAAUACAGAAACACGCUGACAUUGUACAUACUGUAAGUACACUACACACACAUUGACACACAUACACCCCACACAUCACAUACAUGCGCGCACACACACACACACACACACUUUGUCAGUUGUGUACAGGUUUUAUUGUCGGUUGGGUGUUGAUUCAUAUAAAUAUAGGGAUUUCACAUACGUGUUCUUGCCUCAUGUCUUUAUUGAGUGUCACUGUUUGCCCAGAGAACAGUGAUGACUGAGCAUCCAGGAGCGGAGAUGGGAGAUGAGCAGUCAGUGACCGGAGAAGUCUUUUCAGUCGAGCAACUGUCAAUAGCAGUAGGUUCGGCGCCCACAUGCAGUACCGGCGCUGAACUGUGGGGGUCACUGCAGUGCACUUUACUCGGGACCCGCCGGAGACACCCAAGCGACGGGCGGAGCAGCAGCUCGAGACCAACGUGUGUGUCCGUUGGAACCCAUCCUGUAGCGCCUAGUUUUUGGACGUUUGUUUCACUUUCCAUUGCAUUUACACUGGUAAAUCCAGCAUUCUUCUGAGGAAAAAAAUGCACAUUGGUUUAAAGACCUUUCAGCCAUUUGUACAGAUUAAAUGGUUUAUUUGCUUCUUCUGGUUUUCUUCAUCGUUUACGCUGAUUAUGAUCAUUCUAGUCUUCAGAAGUACCGGUGAAAUGAAUUUCUGGUGUUUGUGAAUAUAUAAGGUAUACUGUGGUAGGGGAAACUACUAGGUUCCAGUCGACAGGGCCAAGGAAGGAGGCAGGCAACCAUUCAUUAUGAACAUGUAUUGAAACAAGGGUUCAAUCAGCGCGAUACUAUGCUGUCAGUCCAAGGAUUUGUAACCCACACACACGCACCUUGUCUGAAACCGCUUGUCCCGA